GAGGCAGUGGGGUAAAUUGUUUGCCACGGAAAAGAGACAAAAGCAGGUCUCGGCUGUGCCUUGUAGGACUGCACAUCUAUUACAUGUACACUGUACAUGUAGGUCUUCAGUGCAGGAGCUUUAAAGUGUGACUUUGGUGCGUGCUCAUCAGGUUGUCAUUGGCUCCGAAGUUAGAGUUUCUGCCAUUUGCAAUUAAUCCUCUUGGCGUGAUUUGUUGAUGGCUCAACCACACUCUAGAGGGAAUCAUCUUUCUAGAUUCAAGUGAUAUCUGAAGUACGGCUGCAGGACUAAAAGGACUGCAGCAUUUCUUGUAGUUCAUUUCAAGACUUCAUGUGGUAUUUGAAUUUAUUGUGUUGUGGCUUUUUGUGGCUUUUCAGCUUAGUGAAACUUGCAGUUGGUUUCGCUACAGGAUAAACUUGCAAUUUGUGGACAGCUGCGUGUGGUGAAAACAUUACACUAAAGUCAUCGCGGAAAUCAAAACUGAAAGAAGAAAAUUGGCAAGUCUAUGUAUAAGGUUACAUUAGACAGAAAAUGUGCCACAGUUGGCUGUAUCAUGACCAAAUACUGUGUGACCAAUGAACUUUCAGAGAUACCGUUAUGUAACUUGAUUAAAGUGAACAUUCAUCAGCCAAGCCAGUGACACCUGUUUUUUAACUGUUGAAGCACACCAGUUCGUCUUAGAAUUCAAAUUCUUCAAGACUGUACCAAACUUUAUGAGCAGUACACAAACUGGGAAGACAAUUGGAAUUGUGGACAAUGGUGAGUUGUCGGGUCCUGAUCGGCUUGACUCUGCUUAAGUGUGACUGUCAGUGAAAUUUUGGAACACCGAUAAUAAUUCCUUUUAGCACCUGCCAUUUCAACCAAGAAACUUGCAACAGGCCGGCUUUUGGUUGACUUUAUGUAGACGAUGAUGUGAAAACUAGUAUAGCCUUGUGCUCAUCCUGCAGGAGUUUGAAUUGACAUCAGAAUGCUGAGUGUGUGAUAACAUAGUGACAAGAAAAGGAUCUAUGUGCAAACCUGAACUGCCAGCAUUGUUGGACUACAAGAAACAGAUGUUGAGCGUUGAGUGAGAACAAAGUUGAGUGUCCACUAAUUUUUAUCCAAACUGUGUUGGUCGGUGACACUUCAUUUGUCUGAAUUAAAGUGAUUUCCCCUCACUGGUAAACCUGACCAGAGAAAAUGGUGCUCAGCAUUACAUUGAGAUGACGAUGUUCUGUGUACUGGUAGUCACCCUUGACCCUUCAUCCAUGCUCGGCUUCGUCCAACAUCGGUGACACAGCAACAUCUAUCUUUCACCAUCCGUCGUUGUCACCCACUGCACUCGUCCUGUCAUGAAGACCACUGUCAAGCUGGGUUUGACGGUCUCCGUUCUGUGGCUGGCCAGUCUUGUCUUCCUGAGCGGCACACUGUUCCCCCAUUGGGAGGAGGGGGCAGGGCAAGGGGGAGAGUUCAAAAGUGGGGCCGCCCUGGAGCUGAACCAGUUGUCCAAAGAGCUGCAUCGUAUGAGGAGGCAGAAUGAUGAACUACGCAAGCAGGCGCAACAACUCAGGGACCUGGUUGAAUUCAGAGCUACCGACGUUGAAGACAACCAAGCACUCAUCUUACAAGAAAAACUUGCCCAAGCUAAUAACAUACUAGAAAAGCUGAAUAAAGAUGGCAUACAGAGAGACAGCUACCGUGGGGAUGUAGCAGCAGAAGCACGGUAUUCCUGCAUCAGCAACAGCCCUAGCGUACAGCAGGAGAAACUCCUCAGACGCAUUCACAAUGGCGUGGUGGAAAUCUGGUACUACCUCAAGGCUGAACUUCAGAAGGUAAAAAUGCUGAGUACCAGUGAGAAAGUGAAAGAGAAAGUGGAUCAGAUGAUGGAGGACGCUGGUCACCAACAGAGGUCCAUCAUUGUAGAUAUUUACAACUUGAGCAGGGUAGAUAACAAGACAAUAUGGAGAACCAAAGAGGCAAAAUCAUUGAGUGAUUUGGUGCAGAGGAGGUUUCAGUAUUUACAGAAUCCCACAGAGUGUAACACAGCCCAGAAAGUGGUCUGCAAUCUGAAUAAGGGCUGUGGCUACGGAUGCCAAGUCCACCAUGUAGCUUACUGCAUGAUUGUAGCUUAUGCCACACAGCGAACCCUCAUUCUGCAGUCCCAUGGCUGGCGCUAUGCUCCCGAAGGCUGGGAGAAGUUCUUUCUUCCUCUCAGUGAGACUUGUCAUGAUCGGCGAGGCUCCAGUACGGCCAGAUGGGGUUCUUCAAUGGAGAAGAUGGCGAAGACACAGGUGAUUGAUUUGCCCAUCGUCGAUGGCUUGAACCCAAGGCCUGACUUCUUGCCUCUAGCCAUACCUGAGGACCUCUCAGAGAGGCUGAGGAAGCUCCAUGGUCACCCUUUUGUCUGGUGGAUGGGUCAGGUGCUUAAAUAUAUCCUGCGCCCCCAACCCAGAUUGGCCAAAGAACUGGAGCUUGCUGGUCAGCGAAUGGGAUUCCAGCAUCCCAUUGUUGGGGUUCAUGUAAGACGCACAGAUAAGGUGGGGACAGAGGCCUCAUUCCAUGGUAUUCAGGAAUACAUGGUGCACGUUGAGGAGUAUUACCUGACGCUUGAGAGGACUCAACGAGUCCAGCAGAGACGAGUUUAUCUUGCCACGGAUGAUGCUAGUCUCCUGGCGGAGGCGCGGAGAGCUUAUCCACAGUAUGUUUUUAUUAGCGACAAUGCAAUAUCCCAGUCAGCUGGUCUGGCAAGCCGAUACACAGAGAAUGCUCUACUAGGUGUCAUCACCGAUAUCCACUUCCUUGCGUUGUCUGACUACUUAGUGUGUACAUUCUCCUCUCAGGUGUGUCGAGUAGCCUAUGAAAUCAUGCAGACAUACCACCCGGAUGCGUCCACGUUCUUCCACUCUCUUGAUGAUGUUUACUACUUCGGUGGCCAGAACGAGCACCGACAGACUGCCCUUUAUGAGCACAAGCCUCGCAGCCGGGACGAGAUUGCUCUAGCACCAGGGGAUACAGUGGGCGUGGCCGGCAACCACUGGGACGGUUACUCCAAGGGGCGGAACCACCGGCUACGAGUCCGAAACAGCGGUCUCUAUCCCUCUUACAAAGUUGAGGAAGUUGUGGAAGUGGCUCAGAUGCCUACCUACCCCGAGGUCCCAUUGCAGGUCCCAUCUGAAAACAGUGAUGACGAAAUCAAAGUCAAGUCCUUUUUAUAAAAGAAAGUAUGAAAAAUGUAUGUUUUAAAAAAGAUGCAUGGACAAAGGUUUAGUAAUACUAUAAAAGCUUUAUGUGUAAUUUUUGAUACAACUCAGAAGGCGCCAAGAAUUUUAUAUCCGUCUGAUGUGUUUUAACUUGACUUUGUACAUCUGAAAUACAUGUAGCUUGGUGGUAUGUCUGUUUGUGUUUGUUUCCGGCUGUGACUGGGAUGUCUUUUGUUUGGUCUUCCUAGGCUUGUGGGAUCAUGGGCACCAUGUACAAAAGUCUGGGCUCUCAAUGCUUUUGUAUCAACUGAAGCCACUGGCGGCCACCUUUCAUACCGUGCCAUUGUAACUAUCAUUGCCACAAACAAUUUGUCAAUAAUGGUGAGCAAGCCUUUAUAUUUCCAUUGUAUUGGCAUGGUAAGAUGGCCGCCGGUGACUUCAGUGACCUGUGUGGGUUGACGUAGGCCUUCACAUGGAUCUGGAUCGCAAUCGGUGAUCCUUUGUUGGCUCUAUAACCAGCUAAUGGAUAGAAUGGACCAGCUUCAAGAUCACUGAUAGUGAUCCAGAUCUGUGUGAAACAAAUAGGCUCUAAGGAUAUUACAGGUCCAGAUGUUUUUAUAGGAUGUCUGUGAAUGGGAUCAGCCAAGUUGCAUGUAAUUUCCGUCAUUGGAAUUGCAAUUUUCAAACAUUUGCACAUUGAUGGCCGAUCAUCAGCCUGUGUGCUUGUUUACAAAGUAAGGCAUGAAUUUCAGACGUGUGUCUCAUUUUAGUGCUCCAAGUGGCAUUUUACUUAGGGAUCAACCGAUUUAGGGUUUAAGUGCCGAUCCGAUGUCCGAUGUUUUAAUCAGAACAUGUCCGAUGCGAUGGUUUUGCCAACAAUAACUGAGACAAAACCCAAACAGGAUGUAGGCUUACAAACAAUACAAAACCAGUGUACUCCCUUAAAAUGUCAGUUUACACAUUACCGGUAAUAGGAUUAGUUUUUGCCAACACAGUCACUGUUGAGAGAAUAAAUCAUGUAAAUUCUGUACGUCGAUCCCCGCCGCGCAUGAUACUGAUGUAACCGAUCACACAAACCAACGCGCUGCUUACCGUGUACAGUACAUUCAGAAUAGACACAGCACCUUGGGCUGAAUCACGGUAGCCUUUAGUCAAGGCAUGUAUGGAACCGCUGCACCAUUGCAUUGGUGUCUUCAUCGUGCAUGCCAACAGCAGAGGUGCACGUUGUAUGUUCAGGUAGCCACACGUGCCUUGAAUAAAGGCUAAAUUGCGGGCUACCUUCAGACCAGUCACACAGCACCUCGUGCGUGGUGCCACACAUGGUGUAGUUCCAGGGCUGUUUUAAUGGCUGUUAAUUGAAACGGUACACAAGUACACUGAUUGCUCCAUGGGGCCACGGUCCGUGCAUUGAGUAGUUGCAGAGGUGUAAUUUUCGGGGAUACUCUACGUGGGUUUAACCUUUCAUUUAUCACACCAAAUGAAAAAAAAACAGUUUGUAUCCAUGCUCAAAUGAAACGUAUGAGAUUUUUGUUUGCCAAAACUGAGAGCAGAGUUUGCUCCUUUCUUGAAGUUAAUAUCGGCAAGGAAGGUCAAAUUUUGCCAAUCUGAUAUGUUGCCGAUGUUGCAAAAAUCGGCCUGAUUCGAUGUCCGAUCCGAUCAUUGGUUUAUCCCAAAUUUUACUGUUAUGAAAUCCUCCCAACCACACACUUACAGGCAUUGGAUUACUGUUGUGUUAGGAACAAGAUUUAAAAAAAGCUAUUUCUACCGGAGUACCGUGGCCAGUAUUUAUCGUUGUCACAUCAGUGUUUGAUGGCCCUAACCCCCUAGGGACCAUUGAAAUCCUGCAUAACCUUGUUGGGUUCAGCAUGGCUAGGGUUUACACCCUAGGGACCAUUGAAAUCCUGCAUAACCUUGUGAGGUUCAGCAUGGCUAGGGAUAACCCUAACACCCUAUGGACCUUUGAAAUCCUGCGUUACCUUGUUGGGUUCAGCAUGGUUAGGGAUAUCAUAGUUUACAGUCCUGUAGCAAACAGCUAACGUUACAACCUUCCAGGUGAUACCAUGACAAUUUCAAACUAAAGGAAUAUAAUUGACUGUUAAAUGUCAUUUUUACAAACUUUUACCAUUAGUGAACCAAAACUGAAAUGCCCAGGUUGGCAAAAGCUAAAACGCCUCUUGCUUUGUAUUCUGUCUGUUGAUAUUUUAAACCAAACAAGUUUGUUGUAUGGGGUUCAUGAUGCACAAUUUGACUGAAAUAUACACCCAAGUGGGAUACUCUGAAUUUUGUUCAAGGGAGAUGAGCAAUGUAACAUUGACGGUUAAGAGUUUAGCAAUCAGACUGCUACAUGUACUUUCAGUUUCAGUCCAAACCACCAGUCCAUCUCUGAAAUCCCCCCCCCAAUAAAAACACUUUGCUGCAUUUACAAGAAAAAGUGUCUUGGAAUUCAUGGGGGAAAUUUAGGUACAUAUCCUAAAUGUUUGCCAAGUUCUUUUGAAAAUGUCUCUCUUAGGAAAGGAGGAAAACAAAUGGCAUGCCCAAAAGUUCAAUUGGGAAUUUCAGGCUGGAUUUGUGGAAUAUUUCUUAGUUUGAUCCUGAUUAUUGUCACAAAAUAUUUUUCAUGUUUCAUACUCUUAUGUAAUACAAACAAUAAGAAAGGUGACCAACUCUUACAAACAUGUAUACUUUGUUGAGUGUCAGUAAAUGUAUUUUUAUGUAAAUACUUUCAUAUAUUUUAUUUUCUUGUUAACACUAUAGCAUGGUUAUAGCAAAGAGGCUUGUUACAAAACCAGAUGCAACAACUUGAAGUGUGCUACAUUAAGAAAACUUAAUAAAUUUUAUUUCUAGUAGUUUCUUUCUUGAGUACUUGUGUUAAAAACAAAUUAUUACUCAAGCAUGUAAGGUCUGCAUGCAUAUGUUAUGAUGUGUUAUACUGUACGAGCUGACAUAAAUUUAUGGGUAAUUUUGUCAAAUAUGUUCCAGGGUUGUGAUGUACUGAUCAGAAAAUUCUGAACCAUUUUAUGCGCAAUAUAGAUUGCGUAUGUAAACGUUGCUUUGCAGCGCAUGUUAUGCCUGCUUGGAAAAAGGUACAUGAAUGUUCCAUAUGUCGGUUACCAUUGUCCUCAGCAACUUGGGGUGAAAAAGAAGCGACCAGCACAUCAUACAAAGUGUGUGCUUGCAAAGUAUGUGCAGUCAGCUAGAAUGUUCGCUUUUUUGAAAGAAAAAUUAUCGUUAGCUAGAACCCUACUACAUACUUUAUAAUUAUUCAGAAGUUAGAAGUUAUUGUAAUGUCACUGCAUUUCAUGACUAGAAUAAAAGCCUGUGAGAGAGAAUUCCCUGUCUAGAUACAUAUAGCUGGGGUAGCCAGCUUAGGGCAUUUUUCACAAAAGCUGUGUUCAUGUUUUACUCUGAAUACGUAUAGAUAGAAGAAAACGUUUCAUGUGCAUUAUGUUCAGGUCACAUUACAAGAAUGAUUUACAGUGUUAUCUUUCUAUCUGUCUUCUUAAAAUAGCCACGUGAUGCAAGAGCAUCAACAGAAGAGCAAGCCCAAAAGAAUAUUCUCGCUUUAAUACCCGCGCAUUGCAUUUCUGCUGGUGGGAGGCGUAUGAGGAGGGUACUCAUGUUAAUACCCAAACUCUUUCAAACACAGCCGUGAGAUGUUGUUGGUUCAAAUCCUCCAUACCAUCUUCUCUAGAAGUAUUUAGAAAACAGUAAACACACAACUCUAGAUUAAGAGCAAUCUACACAAUGUCAGAAGAAAAGUUUUGAAAUGGCGAUGGACAUGAUAAACAAAUGAGGUUUGCUUUUCAAGAAACUAGAAAUGGGAGGAUUUCACUAGAUACUGUCUUGUCAGACAAAACAGGCGAGUGUAAAGCUGCAGAUGUGUUACUGUACAUAUACAUUUGGCAGAUAUCAACACGAUUCAUCAAUGUAACAUUGUAAUGUCAGUGAUGCAAGGGUACCUCACUGGUGUUCAGCUGUGAGCUCAGUGUUGGAAUAGGGUUGGGGAGAAGGCGCAUCAACUUGCAUUUUUGAAGGUUGUACAGAAAGAACUAUGAAUAUGCCCCUGUUUUCAGGAUAUAUAGAAUAAGAAUGAAAAAAAAGCAAAAAUUUUUUUAAUUUCAUUUUAAAAAAUCUGAUAACAUCAUCUUGACUGCCGCCCAAUUUGUUUGCAUAUAAUGCAUCCUUCGGGUCCGUAAACGGUUUAAAGUUGGACUCGGUGUUCACACAGUAUUGGUCUACACUGUAGGGGCUUAUUACCUAACUUGUGAUAAAGUCAUCAUGAAGUUUCUGCUCCGUGCUCAUCUUCUGUGUGGGGUCUCGCUCUGGUUUGAGUUUGGUCCAGAUCUGUGGUUUAAAACUGACCGAAGAUGUGUGCAGGAAAACCGUGUACAAAGUAGGACAUACGGGAGAAGAGCCAAGAAAGUAUAACAACAAUCUUGACAAAAACAAUGGUUUUCUCAGAGGUGUUCAGAAAAGUGAAAAAAAAAAAAAAAAAACAUUUCCAGGGUGUAUGUGUGCUUGUUUUUCUUUCACUGUUUAUUUGUUGCUCCCUAAAAUGGCUGACAAGCAUUUUUAUACUGUGUUUAACUUGUAUCAAGUAAGAGACAUUUUGUCUUGUGUAAACAUUUUCUACUACUAUAUGAUUUGCAUUUGUUUAGGCACUGUACUUCUGGGGAUUCCAAUUAUAAAAGAGGUGCAAAUGUUGGUUGAAAUAUGAAAUAUUUCCAGAUGUUUCUAAACCAUUUUGUCUUGUAAGUGGGCGAUGUACUGUAUGCAAAAGCCAUUUCCAGCAUUUUGUUGUUUUAUUGAUUUUACCGUCCUGGUUCAGCAAAGAAUCAAGAGGUUUGCUCUGAAAGGCUGAAGCUGUUCUGUGGAUGCUGCAGACAUAGUACAGAGCAUCAUGGGACAGAUCUGAGAUGAUAGACAUGUCACAGUAACAUGCCGCAGUAACAGCAUAACCAUGCCUGCUUGCACCUGUGUCAUGUUACAUCACUUGCUGUAUGUCCUCUAGCUGCAAACCCAACUCCCUCUUCUUCUGAAGCCCCUCCCCUCGAGUGGCUUACUAGUCAUGUACAAAUCAUUUUGGAAAAAGAUGUAUUCUUUUUUUGUCAAUGAGGGCCUGAUUUUAUUGUACUUCUAAGCACAAAGAAUCUCUUCAUGAACAGAAAUCUGUUGUUUGCUUAAUUUAAAGUUCCUUGUAUGGGUAUCGUGAAAUCAUGAUAAGAUCAAAAAGCAUGCAUACGGAGGAUAUUCGUACAUAUGCUGUAUUGGUUUACAUCUCGGACAAGAAUGCCUGAUCAAAGAAUCAGGUGAUGAAACUGUUUAACACCAAACUUUGCUUAGCAAAUUACGUACCAAGCAAUACCUAGAUGAGGAACCACUCACGGAAAAUAUACAUUACUAGACAUUUUGUCUGUGCUUGCAAAUGUCUUUAUUUUUCAUUUUUGUGAAAUUGGCCCUGGGCUUAGGUUGUAAAUCCAAGUAUAGGCCUUGCUUGCCAUUACUUGGCAGUGCAAUAAAUUUGGGCCAAGAAAGGUAGUGUGUCUGCCAUUUUGGAUGAACCCAUUUAUAUUACAAGCACAUAGGUGCUCUGUAGAUGAGACAACUCGUGUUUUGUGUAUGGUGCUUAGUAAAAAUGUUCUCAUUAGAACGAAAUGUUUAUUUUUUAUAAUGAACAUUUAGCAUGUAUUCUUGUUGUGCACAGUUUACUUGUUUACUGUUUGGUUUGUUGAUCUACCACUGAAGUAUUUUAAAGGUAAAACAGUGUAAAACCAGAAAUGUGUGGAUUUUGAAGUGAAUGCAUCUAAGCCAGUUCAUUGGUAUGUUCCUGACAUAAAUACCCAGUGUGCCAAUUUCAGAUGUGGCAUCGCGAAGACAUCUAGUAAUUUUGGACUCACAGAGGGACGCAGUCCAAACUCCCAGCGGUGUGAAAAAUUAUAUUGGAGGAUUGAUGAGAAUUGUUAAGGUCUUAAAGGAUGUGUUGUUUGGGUUGUGUCUGAUCUAAUAAUUUGAUGCUUUGAGGUUGUGAGAGUGUUUUUAGUGCGUUGAGUUUCAGCUGUUACCUGUGUGCCAUAUAGUUGGGAAUAAUGAUAUUCAACGUGUGUUCUGGGGACGCUCUGUUGAAAAUGGUUCCCUCUGUUGACAAUAAACCUACUGCUUCCUUACCCAAGGGCUGAUGUCAUAAACGUCAUAUUAAAAAAAAAGGACUCACUGUGCUCUUGUACUGACUGAUCACCAGCAGCCAUCUUACUGUCAAAUACAAAGAUGAUUAGCUUGUUCUCCAGAGUAUUGUUGCCAUGAACAAUUUCAUUAACAACGGCGAGCAAGCCCUUAUACUGCCUUUAUCGCUGGCACAGUAAAAUGGCCACCGUUGGCUUCAUUUACCCGUGGGCUGAUUAAGGCCAUUGUGAGUCCAGACCUUUUUAUAAGAUUUUGCAGUUGAUAUAUGCACAAUACCAAAAGUUGUAAUUGUUUCUCCAAUGUGUGUAUGUACGUUCAGCUUGUUUCUGGACUCCCUAAAGAGGCUUGCCCAAUAACUUCAACAGUCCAGGAAAAUUAACAAGCAGAAGAUAAAGAAAUGAGAGAGAGGUAGUGACUUGUCUUAAAUAGUUUUUAUUUCAUGAUCAAUACAUUGAACUUUAAAUUAGUGAAACAAUGUUACUGUUACAAACUGUAUGGUAAACAAUUGGUUUCGAUGGGAUUCUGCUUGUUCAUGGAUUGACCAAUGUUUGCAAACAAAAAUAAAUCUAACAAGUAUCUGCUGAUAAA